AUGACAUCUAGAAACCUCAACAAGACCUGGCGCGAUAUUGUCUUUGAACAGUACGAAGCCGACUACGUAGCCGACGUCCCAUUUCGAAUCCGCUACUUAAUCUACGGCGACCAGUGGAGAAGAAAUAUCAUCAUUGAGAUACCCACUAAGAUUAAUGUGCCUGUCUUCCGUCAAGCUCUCCUCCACGCCGCUAGUUCCAGACGCCUUGAAAACGACCCGGCAUACGAAGACGACCUAAUCAAGGUCCGAGCACGUAUUCCGCCUUCUGUCCAAAACAGUAAUGAUGCUCACUUACAAAAUGACUCUGCUGUUGGUGGCAACAGCGGCUAA